AAUAAAUCCGUCUGUGUAGAGAUCCCGAGGGACAGAGCAAACCUACUUUUGUGCGAAGGUUUACCCCACCGAUCGCUUGCUCACUUACCCCAUAUAAAUAGUAGCGGAGUUUCAAUGAGAUACAGUUUGAAAUGAUAACUAACCAUUAGUAUAAUAAACACAUUAUAAUAAUAACAUAAGUACAUUAAUACAUUAAUAAUAACAUUAACAAUACUAUCAUGUCACAUAAAGAAAUUCCUGAAUAUACUGAAGUUAGACAUCCUAUUGAUCAUGAUAAACUUGUUAAAUAUUUAACCACUAUUUCUUCACAAUCAAAGAAUACAACUCUUGGACCUCAUUAUCCUGAAUAUUUAAAAAAUAUUUCUAAAUUAGAUAUAAAACAAUUUACUUUUGGUCAAUCUAAUCCUACUUAUCAUAUUACAGAUUUGAAUACUGGUAAAGUAUUUGUAUUAAGAAAAAAACCAUCACCAAAUUCAAAAUUAAUUUCUCGUUCAGCUCAUGCUAUAGAACGAGAAUUCUUUAUAUUAAGAGGUAUAAAUAUUUUAAAUUUAGAUCAAAAUGAUGAAGAUAAAAAGGUUCCUAUUCCAGAUGUAUAUGCUUUAUGUGAAGAUGAAAGUGUAAUUGGAUAUGUAUUUUAUGUAAUGGAAUAUAUUAAGGGAAUUCAAAUAAAAAAUCCUGAUAUGCCAGGAAUUCCAAUUGAUGAUCAACAUAAAUAUUGGAAUUCUAUUGUUAAUACUAUUAGUUCUAUUCAUUUAUUAGAUGCUGAAAAGUUAAUUAGUUAUUUACCAUCUCAUCAUUUCCCUCAAUUUCAAAAUAUUGAUAAAUUAAAGGGUUCAUCAUAUUUCCAAAGACAAAUUAAAACUCUUAAGGCAAUUGAAACUAAACAAUCUGAAUAUGUUGAUAGAAUUCCAGAUUUCGAUGAUUUAUGUAAGGAUAUUUUACGUUUGGCACCUAAGGAUCCUGCUAAAUUAACUUUAAUUCAUGGUGAUUUAAAAAUAGAUAAUAUUUUAUUUGAUCCAGAAACUAAAAAAGUUAAAGGUAUAUUGGAUUGGGAAUUAUGUACUAUUGGACAUCCAUUAUUUGAUUUAUCUAAUUUCUUACAAGCUUUCCAAGUACCUAAUAAAUUAAAUCUUUUAUUAUAUAAACCUCAAAAGACUGAUAUAGGACGAGAAAAUAAUGGAUCAAUUGAUUUUAUUUAUAAACAAUUAGCGAAAUAUAAUGAAAAAGUCACUUGGGAUCCAAAGGAUUUAUCCAACAAUGCUACUGAUCUUUGGCUUAUUGGAUUUACAUUUGGUUUAUUAAGACUUUCAAUAAUUACUCAAGGUAUAGCAAUGAGAGUUAAACAAGGUAAUGCCAGUAGUGGUAAUGCUAGUGGAUAUGCAUCUUUAUAUCCAUAUUUAUCUAAAUUAGCUCGUGAAGGUAUAGUUGAAUAUGAGUCAAAAAAGAAACUCAACAAGCUCUAGAUUACAUCUUAUUUAAUAUAUAGAUAUUGUAUAUUUAAUUUAUAUCCUGAUUAUAUGCUUAAUGUAUUA